AUGCCUCCACCAUCCGCAGCCUCUUCUUCUAGAGCCUUGGCUGCGAUUCUGCCGCAGAUCGCGGACGGCCAUGCAUACGAGGCUCACCAGAAAGCCCGCACGUUUGCUUCGCGAUACAUCAAGUCCGCUCAGUACGAUACCGCAAUUGACGUUCUCUUCCAAAGUUCGCGUGCCUUGCUUACCGCGGGUCAGCCGGGAAGUGGAACAGACCUUGCGUUAUUUCUGAUCGAAGUGUACGAGGCUAAAAAUGAAGUCGUUUCAGAGGAGUCGAGAGGUGAGCUGACUCAACUGAUCGCAUUGACGGGAUCCAAUGGAACAUGGCGCAAGACGCUAAUUGACAAGGCUGUAACCUGGACAGCUAAGGCAGGACCAUGUCCGGCUGGCGACCCAGACUUGAAUCAUUAUGUUGGAGAACUUCUUUACAAAGAUGGAGCCUUUGACCUCGCAGAACCUCACCUUCUAGCAGCCGGGAAGCGUGAUAGUGCACGUGUACUCGCGCAGAUGAUGUUUGAAUGGUGGCAUGCUACCUCUGUAUCCUCAUCUGCAGGUCCAUUUGCACUCCGUGGUACCAUUCCGUACCUUCUAAACGGCAACGUCCUCGCAGCACGUACAUUCAUCACUCACCUCCUUUCUCCUAAUCCACUCCCAGUCAUUUCCUCUUCCUCUGCCGGUGGAACGGACGAAGUGAUAUUCACAACAGACUCCCUACUCAACUUCCUUCAACUCGCCGUUCGGACGUGCCAACGCGCCCAAGGUGCAGGCACGAGCCCCGAGAACAGAAAGGCUCAGGAGGCGUGGGUCCGGCUGUGUGGUACGUACCUUGGCAGAAACAGUGUACUCGCUCAGAAUCCAAUUCGCAAGCAUCUCAACGAGUUAGCGACGCUUUUCUUCGGAUUGCCGCCUCCGCGUAAUCAAGCGGUCAACCCGUUCGGUGAUAUGCUUUCGUCACUUUUUGGUGGUGCGCCGUCGGCUGGUGCUGCUCCUCGUACAUUGACUCCUGGUCCAGCUGCAGCUGGACUGGACUAG